AAUAAUCUGUGGAAUCUCCAUAGUCUAACCUAAUUUAAUUUGAUUUGAUUUGAUCUCCCCCUCAUAUAAAUGAACAAUAAAAUUUUCCAAUUUAUCAAUAUAGAAGAAGAACAAUAAAGGUGUUCAAUGGCCUGUUUGUGGCGCAAUCAAAAUAGAUCAAGUAUAGAAAUACCGUCUACAGAAGAGUUUUCAAGUGUAACAUACUAUGUGAUACAUGUAACUGUUGGUGAAGUUAAAUGGAAAGUAAAGCACCGAUAUAAUGAUUUUUUCAAUUUGCAUAGCAAGCUUGUUGUGGACCAUGGGGUAUCUAAAGACAUUCUUCCUUCGAAGAAGGUUAUUGGGAAUAAAUCAAACGAAUUCAUUGAGUCUAGACGAAGAGCUUUAGAAGAGUAUUCACAGAAAAUUUUAGUCUUUUUAAAACGGACAAUGCCAAGAGUAUUUGUUGAAUUUCUAGAUUUUCACGUCUACGAUAUAUACUUUUUACUUCAAGAAUUAUCAGCGAAAUGUUUUGCUGAAGCAGAUUUUAUUCUGUCAACAACCCGGACCUUUUCUAUGUCUCCAUUAGAGCUAUAUGCGAUAAGUGAACUGGUAAAGUCUUGUUUUCCUGAUGCUGACAACCUGGAGAAGCCUUUGGAUUUGGGACCCAUUCUAGAUAUGUGUUCCCAAUUGGAUAGUUUAGUAAUUAAUGGGAGUAACAGUGAAUAUUUGCAGAGUAAUAUUGUGCUCAACAAGCUCCCGUUUGAAAUGUCGCAGUUGAAGAUUGAUAGCAGUGUUUGCUUUAAAAAAAUUUCAUUGAGCAUGAUAUCUUCCUUAGGGAGCCUGAGAAGUACUCUGACUGUGUUAAAAGUUAGUUACACAGAUGCAACAUCCAUCUGUGAUAUUUUACAAUGUGAUGUUUUACAUAAAACUGCAAUCGAAGGAAGUCAGAAAUGGGACGCAUUAGAAACCUUAGAUUUGAGCCAUAAUAAUUUAGUUGAUAUUGACAAGACAAUACAUUUGGCAGUGAGCUUGAAACAUUUAAUACUCAAUCACAAUAAGAUAUCGACAAUAUCAAACCUUAUGCAUUUACCUAGAUUGGAAGAGCUAAGUAUAGUCAAUAAUUUAAUAACUAUUUGCGACCAGCUUCACACAAAGGUUGGCAACAUUAAAUCUUUAAAUUUGUCACAAAAUAACGUAGUAACGACCAAAGGGUUUAAAAAACUCUAUUCGUUGGAAAAUUUGGAUCUAAGUUGCAAUAAAAUAACGGAAAUUGAGGAUCUCCGAUACUUGGGCAAUUUACCAUGUCUAGAAAAUAUUACUCUCACUGGAAAUAAUGUUUCCACAACCAUCGAUUAUAGAGUUAAGGUAUUGGAGCUUUUUGGAAAUAGGGCGAAAGAUAUCUGUUUGGAUAAUGAAAAACCAUCUCAAUCAGAAUUAGAUAAGGUAUCUGUAUUAAGUGCCUUAAGAAUAGUCAAAGAAGGAAAAACUCCAGAUCUAUCAAAGGAAAUGUGCAAAUAGGCCCAAUUUAGCACAAUACCCAGACAAUGUAUUUUAAAUCAGAUAGAUUUUAAUAUAUGUAAAUAUUCAUUUAAAAACUAUUUUCGUUUUUCGUUAUGUUGUUAUUUUGUGGUGGUAAAUACAUAUACAGUUGAUCUAGAUAAAUGCAUCGAAACACGUAUGUAUCAGUGUUGAAUUUAUACUUUUAUUGAAAAUAUUUUUGAUGUCGGUUGAAAAGUUUUCCGAACUUCUAAGCCACCGUUUAUAGGCCCGGAAAACGUUUCAACAGCCACGCAAACCCUUCAUAGUCUAAUAUUUUUAAUGUUCCGAAAAUUGCGGGUUCGAAAUUAUAAACUAAACCGAUUUCAAGAAAUGUUCUGUGAUAUUGUAAUAAUGAAUUUCAGUGAAUUUUACAUGUACCGAAUACAGAUAUUCAAGUAAUAUAUUUUAUGACUACACUA